GUAGUUGAGUGUCUCGACUUACCAACCACAUUUGGGUGCACAUAUAUGGCGCAGGAGAGAUCGCUUGCUCCUCCAUCGUAUCCACCCCCUCUUCGGCGUGUAUUUUAUCCAGACAUAGUACAACACUUUGCACUUUUUAUGUUUUUAAUAACAUGGCCGUGACGCUGUCCCUCUCCCUCGUCGUCGGCGGGCUUAUGAGCACCCUCGUUGCCGCCGUCUUCGGGGCAGCCGGGACAGUGCUCGGCGCCGUGGUCGGCCUCCUUUCAGGCUUCUUCUUCGACGAGGAGGACGGCCUGAUGCAGGGGACGCUGCUGGGAGCGCUCGCCGGGGGUCUCGUCUCCGUGGAGCUCGCCGGUUCCCUCGUGAGGAUAUGGUGCGGCAGCGGCCAUGGCUGCUCCGUGGACACGCGAGUUAAACGCAGCGUAAGCGCCGUUCUGGGAGUGAUGGCUCUCGCCGAUUCGCGCUCUGGCCGAGGAGACCGCGGCGGCGGCGACCGAUUCCAGCUCGAGGAGAGCUCUCGGGCUGUUGUCGCGAGGAGGGUUGCCGUUGAGAGUUACAUCAUGGUGACGAAGCUGACCAAGGAAAUCUGCCCCAUAUGCCUCCAUGAGUUCCGAGCCGGGGAGAGCGCCAGGAGGCUCCCUGCUUGCUCCCACCUUUUCCAUUCACAAUGCAUCGAUAGAUGGCUCCCGUGGAAGCCCCAGUGCCCGAUGUGCCGGCGUGACGUCUACUAGCGAGCUACCUCUGCACAUCGGAAGCGUUGGGAAAUCAGAGUCAGAGGACCGGGCUUCUCGUUCGAAUUCUUUGUUUUUUUCGAGGACAAUUCUCAUUUGAAUUGUGGACAUACUUCUGGUUACAUUUCAGUUACAAUGAUCGAAGCAAUUAUUAUACGAAAACUAUGAUUGAAGUUUGGACGUACAUAAGUGUUUGGUUUGAAUCCAAGUUUGUUCUACAAUAAUUUGACAUGUCAAAAAA